CUAAAUAUCAAAAAUAAACAGAACUUAAAAAUAAAAAGAUUGAAACCAAAAGCAAGGAAAACUGACAGUGGAUUUAUUAUAAUUAAAAAACACUCUAAUAAAUUAACAACCGAAACAAAAGAAAAUUUUUAAGAUUCUGAUAAUAGAUAGAUUAUAAGUUUUAAUGUUUUAGUAAUCGUUGAUUAAAAAUAUGGCCGAACAAAAUAACCAACUUCCGAGCUACUUUGAAGCUACUCCUCCACCACCAUAUGAAGCAAUUUAUAACGAAGGAAAUAAUUUUCAGCCUGUAGUAGUCAAUAUCGAUCCUCCCAGAGCUCACCAAAAUGCAAACUUUUUUGGCUCUCAAAGUGUACCACAAUUGGCAGUAUUGCCGUACCCACCGGCAUGUACAUGUUUAGCAUGGUCUUCUUUCUUUUUUGGCUGUUUUCCCAUUGGUGCAUUUGCUAUAUACUAUUCCAACCAAGUGAAAUCUGCUACCAAACAAAAUGAUCUCGCUACAGCAGUUCAAGCUUACAUACUUACAAAAAGAUUGUCGUACUGGUCAUUUUCAGUUUUGUCAAUGUUUUUAAUAAUUUGCAUCGGAGUUUGGCGUGUUAUUUAUAGUUCAUACUAUUAAAUCAACAACAGUUUGUUCUUUAUACUAUUUUGUAAUUUACACCAUUUUUUUCCUAGUAAAAAAUUAAUUGCGAAAA